GUGCAGCUAAAAUUACAGUGGGUGCAAAAAUGAGCGAAAAGCUGUGAGGGGGCAGUGCUUUGCCAGAAAGGGAGGAGGGGGAAGCUCCAAGACUCAGUUCCUGGAUUCCCAGAUUUGCAGAGGAUUCCUGGGAAGAUUUUGGGACAGGAGCCAAAAUUCCCCCCCACAUCCUGUCCCUGUCAAACUGAAGCCAGCGGAGGUGCUGGCCCUGGGCUUCCAACAAGUGACACACGGAGCCCCAAGACUUGGAUUGUCCUGGAACUUGCCAUUUGGAUGGAGGGACUAUCAGCACAUCUCCGUGGGCCGUGUAACGUGGACUUUAGCGAGCCAGAAGCGGACUGCAACGACAUGUGACUGGGUUAAGAUCACUGGGAAUAAGUGCUGGGCUCCAGGUUUAUUACUGGUCUUUAACCUUAGAUGGUCAACCUCAUUAAUUGAUACUCUCAGACCCACUGACUGGUCUGCUCUCCUAGGAUUUUCCUUCAUUCCGGCAAGGGGCAUCGUGCCAGUCAAGCAGUGGAAAAAUCUCUUUGGAUUCAUUGGAUUGUGCACACACAGAAUCCAGGGAAAUUAGGAGGUUGCCUGUUGGAAUGGAGUAAAAAUAACGGAUAUAUGGAGCUAAAAAUAUUUGUAAUUUUUCUGUAACAAUGGUUGCACCACGAUGCCUGGAUGCUCAGCUGCUGGAUACAUUUAGCUUUUUUUCUCAGUGGAAAACUAUACUAUUUUAUAAAGCACCAGGAAAUGCCAGGAUUCCACAGUUUUUUUUGUAUUAAGUUAAGCUUUGCUGGCAAUAGUUCAGUGUAGUGCUCACUUAAAGGGUCAACAAGGAUUUCUUGUGGGUGAGCAAUGUUGGAAACAGACCAGAGGCGAUCCAAGUCAGUCAGUGCUUUUCUAGCCUGAUCUGUUUGUAGAGAUGCCCUCAGCAACAAUGAGCCCAAAACAAGGUUGAAAACUGGUGGACUUGUGAAUUGGACAACGGUGACAUUCCUCCUUGGUUGGGAAGAACAAGGGAUAUCUUUCUAUCACUAUACAGUGGAUCUGCUUGUGUGCAACCUUCUUCAUGUAUAUGGACAAGGGCAACCUGCGAGGUCCCCAGCACAGGCCUCAGCCGCUUGUUAAAAGCCUCUCCUUGGAGCCAGCUCAUGUCUGUGCUCACCCUGAAAAGCCCCAGCGGCAGCGUUCUGAUCCUGCAACCUCUUCUGACUACAACGGGGUGCUCCCAGACCCCUCCACUCCUAAACCACUGGCUCCUAGGCGCCCACUGACUCCUAAACCUGAAGUACCCCCGAAGCCGGCACAUUUACAGAGCAUAAGACGGCCACGACCUCCUGGGCAUAUCCCACCUCCUCCCUCCCGGCCAUUGCCAGCAGACCCCCGACUUGCAAGGAUAUCGUUGUCACGCCCUGACAAUAAAGAUGGAACCCCUUCCGCAGUCACAUCUCUGAUUGAAAAAUUUGAGAGGGAGCCCAUCAUCCUCCCCGUAGAAAGAACAACUGUGGGUCAUGACACCGACAUAAACACUGGGAUGGACGGUUCUCCUUCUCCCUCUCUCGAGCAUUCAGGUUACAGCAUGGGGGAACUGGGGCACAAGCUUCUUGACUUGCUGGAACCUGAGGUAUCCCAAGGCAGCCUGGAAAGGAGACGACGGCUCGUUGUGGAGGGAGAAGACGCUAUUGAAAUGGGAGAACAGGACCCUGGGGGGAAACUGGCGAACAGAGACAGUGGCAUUGACAGCAUUAGUUCCCCCUCCACCAGCGAGGAGAUGUGCUUCCUCGGGGAAGUGGAUGAGGGUGGCCGUGAGGAGAGUGAGCCCCAUCAUAUUGCAGCCCAGCAUGACUCAGAAGGCGACAGCGACAUGGAGGAUGGAAGUGGUGACGAGGGUGAAUUGCCACCUGAAAGACUGGACCCAUGUGAGUUCACAGCUCGGCAGAAGGUGUACAAGAUCGCUAAUGAGCUGCUGCAGACAGAGAAAGCCUAUGUGUCACGCUUACAUCUGCUGGACCAGGUGUUCUGUGCUCGGCUAAUGGAUGAAGCACGCACAAAGGCUUCAUUCCCCAUGGAGGUGGUUAUGGGAAUCUUUUCCAACAUAUGCUCCAUCUACUGUUUCCACCAGCAAUUUUUGCUGCCCGAGCUUGAGAAACGCAUGCAAGAGUGGGACAGCAACCCCCGAAUCGGUGACAUCCUGCAGAAAUUAGCACCGUUUCUUAAAAUGUAUGGAGAAUAUGUCAAAAACUUUGACCGGGCUAUGGAAUUGCUAAAUGUCUGGACUGAGAGAUCAUCCCAAUUCAAAAGUGUAAUCCAGGAGGUUCAGAGGGAAGAGGCCUGCGGGAACCUGACGUUACAGCACCACAUGUUAGAGCCUGUACAAAGGAUCCCACGGUACGAGCUACUGCUUAAAGACUAUCUCCUAAAAUUGCCAGAAGAUUCCAAAGACCGAUGCGAUGCAGAGAAGUCCUUGGAAUUAAUAGCCACAGCAGCUGAGCAUUCCAAUGCAGCCAUCAGGAAAAUGGAGCGGAUGCACAAACUCCUCAAAGUGUAUGAACUUCUGGGUGGAGAAGAAGACAUUGUCAGUCCUACUAAUGAGCUCAUCAAAGAAGGGCAUAUAUUAAAGCUUUCAGCCAAAAAUGGCACCACCCAAGACAGAUACCUCAUAUUGUUUAAUGACCGGCUACUGUACUGCGUUCCCAAACUGCGUCUUAUUGGCCAGAAAUACAGCGUGCGGGCUAGAAUAGAUGUGGAAGGAAUGGAGCUGAAACACAGCAGCAGCCCUAACCUGACACGGACAUUCCGGGUGUCUGGGAAACAAAGAUCUCUGGAGCUACAAGCCAGAACCGAGGAAGAGAAGAAAGACUGGAUCCAGGCUAUUGAGGUCACAAUCAACCGCCAUGAACAGGCAAUGGAGUCGUGCAAACUGCUCUGUACCUCCAUUCGAGAGGAUGACGAGACUCCACCAAACUCUCCGAACACAGAUCUUGGCAAACGAGCGCCGACCCCCAUCCGAGAAAAGGAAGUGACCAUGUGCAUGAAAUGCCAGGAACCGUUUAACUCCAUAACCAAAAGGAGACACCACUGCAAGGCUUGCGGCCACGUGGUAUGUGGAAAGUGCUCUGAGUUUCGUGCCAGGCUUGUUUACGACAAUAACCGCACCAACCGAGUAUGUGUGGACUGUUACGGUGCUCUACGUGGGUCUUUGGCCAGCCCAGUAUUCAAUGUUCACACGCCACAGCGCAGGAAAUCUAUACUAGAGAAACAGGCCUCAGUGGUGGCAGAGCACAGUGUUAUGUGCAGUUACAUGCAUUAUAUGGAGAAAGGAGCCAAGAGCUGGCACAAAGCUUGGUUUGUCAUCCCUCAGAAUGAGCCCUUGGUGCUAUAUAUCUAUGGCGCUCCCCAGGAUGUGAAAGCUCAGCGCAGUAUACCUCUCAUUGGCUUUGAGGUGAGUCCAACAGAACCAGGCGACCGUUCUGACCGCAGACACGUCUUCAAGAUCACCCAGAGUCAGCUAAGUUUCUACUUCAGCCCUGAGACUGAAGAACUGCAAAGCCGUUGGAUGAGCGCUUUGUCGCGGGCAGGACGGGGGGAAGACUGCCACCCCAAAACACUUUUAUUGGAGACUGAGGAGGAGUCGGAAGUAUUUGAAAGCCCUUUAGGAAACACUUGAGGACUUGAUCCAUUAUAGUGACUCCUUAGCAAGAAAUACAAGGAGCUUGCGUUUGGGACUAAUCCAUUUCUCUUCCAUGGGGGACUGUAACAAAAUGUGGGGGCUGGACUUUUAUCAUCAUGACUCCACUUGGGGAGGGCUGGACUCACCCAUAGUACUUCCAUGUUCUGCAAGGAGGACUGGAUUCAUCCAUUCUAAAGCCUGAGCGUUGCCCACUAUUUAGCAUCAGGAUACAAUGAAUGGCAUGAGCUUGAACUAUCCCAUUGUGGUUCCAUAGAGAGGAUCCCGUGGGCUGGAAUCAUUGCCCCCUCUUUCUGACAGCCUCCUGCACUCUCCUUUUACACAACACCAACACCGGCACUUUCUCUUUUUUUUUUUAUAUCAUAUGUAUUAUAAUUAUUUUAAUAAUAUUUAGCAAACUUUUUUUUUUAUUUUA